AGCCGACGUGGAGCAAAAUGACAGAUGGGGUUUUGUGCUGUGUAUUGUACGACUGAGUCGAUCCACUGAAUGUGAUGAUGAUUCACUGCUGCCCGCUCACGAUUUGACAUUAAUGUACUAGAUCAGAUAGUAAUUAUUGCAUUAUUGUUUUAUACAAUUAAGCUCAUGCUUGCUAGACCUCCUCAAAUUCCAUGUGCACUAAUGAUGCACUACUCCAACUGGUUGAUUGGCGUUAAAAACAGGGCAAACCUCCGGAAUGCAUGGAAAAAUGGGGCUAACAGUGACUGGAGCAACACCGGAGGUGUUGUGGACGUGCAGAACCGCCACACCCCGAAGCCUGGCGAGAAGACAUGCAAGUUAGCCGUCACCGCCCAUCUCUGGAAAAAGGGCUACAAAAUAAUCAAGAAGAUCGGAGAGGGCAGCUUCUCUGAGGUGGUCAAAACUCAGAGCCUGAAGGAUGGGAAGUACUACGCGUGCAAAACAAUGAAGCAGACCAUUAACAGUGUGGAACAGGCCAACAACCUGCGGGAAGUUCAGGCGAUGAGGAGACUCAGCCCACAUGCAAAUAUCAUCCAGCUGCAUGACCUCGUUUUUGACAAAGCAACCGGCACCGUGUCUUUGAUUUGUGAGCUGAUGGAGAUGAACAUAUAUGAUCUCAUUAAAGCAAGACAAACGCCACUGCCGGAUCAGACGGUGAGACACUACAUGUACCAGCUGUGUAAGUCACUUGACCACAUGCACAGCUGCGGGAUCUUCCACAGAGAUGUGAAGCCAGAAAACAUUCUCAUCAAACACAACAUUCUGAAGCUGGGAGACUUCGGUUCGUGCAGGAGCGUGCAUUCCAAACCCCCGCACACAGAGUACAUCUCCACCCGCUGGUACCGAGCCCCGGAGUGCCUCCUCACUGACGGCUAUUACAGCCUGAAGAUGGACAUCUGGAGUGCCGGCUGUGUUUUCUUUGAGGUCAUGAGCUUGAAUCCUCUCUUCCCGGGCACCAACGAGUUGGACCAGAUCGCCAAGAUCCAUGACGUGUUGGGAACUCCCGAUCAAAGCGUCCUACGGAAAUUCAAGCAAUCCAGAGCGAUGCAUUUCAACUUCCCCAUGAAGAAAGGCUCCGGAAUCUCGCGCCUUAUUCCCGAAUGCUCGGCACCGGCUCUGUCUCUGCUCUAUCAGAUGCUGGCCUACGACGCCGACGAACGCAUCACGGCGGAAACUGUCCUGAGGCACGCAUACUUUAGGGAAAUACGGGUGGCAGAGAAAAAAUCUGCUGGAGUCUCCUCUGACCUGCUGUGGCGACCCACUCGACUUGGCAAACAAAUGAGGGGGAGACACAUGAGGCCUACACCUUUAAUUGGUCACAACACAAAGCACGUAGCAGAGCCCCUCUUCAGACGAAACAUGCCCCAUUAUACUACUGAGCUGCCCAAACUCAACAUGGCCGUCACGGGGCCACAGCGGUCCUUCCCAGCUUCAUCUUUGCCCGCGUUUACACUCACCCACAGGGGCACCCUGCCAGCCAUCACCUCUAAAAAAUGCCAGUCACGUUUGGCCAAGGUAAACUCAGCCCAUGCUUUCAUUGAUUUGGUAUUAUGUUACGUCUCUUUUUCUCUUCACAGUCCGAGUCACAAAAGGUGUCCUUAAAGCCCUUCUACAUGCCGCCUCUGGGCAGGAAACACGGCGGAGGCUGCUGAGAGCCAAAAACACUUGACAUUUGAUUUAAAACUUCCUCUCAAAACAGGACAGACGUGAAAAUUCCCUUCCGUGGUCGGUCAAUAAUAGCUCUGUUACUAGUAGGGAGUUCUUAUUUGUAAGCUAGCAAAAAGAGCUGUACAUGAGGAAAAACUUCCUUCUCGGACAAGUACCCAGUACUUUAAAUGAAGGGCUUUACAUCAUAGUCCUACAUAUUACAAAAAACCUAUUGUUGUGUUUUAUAAUAUAGGCAUUGUAAAUGUCACACAGGUUAAAUAUAUUAUACAGAUCCUCAUUAAACUAAUUAAGCUGCACUUUGUGUUGUAAAUGUGAUGUAAAAUGUAAUUUAAGUCACAACACAUGGUCACCGUAAUUUUUUAUACUGAGAAAAGAAUGGUGACUACUAUAAAAUACUGCAAAGAAAAAAACAGGAAAGCUUCUAGAUUUAAUUAAACUUAUUUGUUUAAAGUUUUAAAAAGUGUUUUAAAAAAGGAUAAAAUUGUCCAAAUAUACAAAAAAAAAAAAAUUUACUCAUACUUCAAACAUGACACAAAAUGUAAUAAAUUACAUGAUUAAAUUCUAAUUCUGAUUAAAUCGGUAACAUUUCUUUAAAAUCUGAAGCCUAAAGUCACAAGGAAACAGCAGUUUUCACAUAUUUGUGAUAAAAUCAUAAAAAGGUUAUUUCAAUAUUUUGAAUUGCUGUGCAGUGUUCACAUAGAAAUGUAAAUAUAAAAUACUGUAUAUUUAAGUAAUUAAAUUGUGGCUACCCUGUCUUAAUUUCUUUACAUUUAUACAUUUAGUAUUAAUGGUUACAACUAAUCCUUAAUACUAAGACUCGAGUAUAAUUAUUUUAUAUUUAUUAAAAUAAUUGUAAAAAUACAAUUUCUUCAUUAAGAACCUUCAUUAUUAUUCUAAUUAAAAUGGGGACUUUUUUUUUUUUUUUUUUACUUAAGCACUGAUUGCUACAAAAUCCUUCAUGCUACGACUUGUGAGUACAAUAACAUUUUAUUUUAUUAUAUUUAUUAAAAUAUUAUUACAUUUUAUUUUUUAUUUAAUUUAUUCACAAUCAAUUGGGGAACAAUUUUUAAAUUAAUUUUAUAUUCAUUAAAAUCAUUUAAAAAUAAUCCAUUUUCUGUACUACUUGUACUGACUAGGGCCGUGGGUACGUUGGAGCCGAAUAAAGAAAAAUAAUAAACAACUCAAAUAAAUGUGCAAGAUGCAUCUUUUCAUUAUUAUUUUUGUUUUAACUGAAGCAUAACACUACUUUGUGUCUCGAUGCGGACCUUCCUUUUGUUUUCAGACCUUCCUUAAUUUGGAUUUUUGGGAUUCUUCCGCACUUGUUCAUAGAGAGCAAAGGUACAGCGUUGUCGUGUACAGCAUGGACAAACAGAAGAAGAAAACAGUGUAUUCAAGAUUAUUUUUAAUAUUAUUAAUAUGUAUACUUUAGGCUUUAGAAAUAUAACUAUCAAUGACAAAACUUCCAUGGGAGAAAUGGUAAGUUUGCUCUGCCCUCCCCCGACAUCCCCGCUGUCAUCAAAUCCAUUAAUUACAAUAUACACAGUAUGAUACAGAGCAGAUUUCAGUCUGAAAAUAAUAUUAAAAUAAAUGCUCAAUAGAUAAAGGAUAUCAUACUUUUCUACUGUAUUAGCCAUCUGUGAGUUGUGAGCACACCAAAAACAUGGAAAGCCAUUUUCUUCUAAUAAACUCAUUUAAGUGCAAACUUUUUUUCUUUAAAAAGACUAUAAUGAUUGCAGCAUACACUUUUUCUGAUUUUUUUUUUUUUUUUGGGGGGGGGGUGUUAAAGCCAAGUGCAAAAAGGCAAGCGGCCCUUUUUUUGUUGUUCCAAUAGAGCAGUAAUAAUAUAAUAAUAAUAUCAGUGCACAAAAAAAAGUCAUUAAUUGGGGAUUUUCAACUCGUGAAAAGUAGCGGAUGCAACAUUCCCAGAUGCUUGAUGGUUAAAAAAAAAAAAAAAAAAAAAAGGUGAGGGAGGGAUAGCUCCACUAAAUGUUAAUAAAGUAACCCUGAGCAGAGUCUAGAUUACACCAUUACGGUUUGUUUGUUUGUUUUUUAAAAAAAGGGUUACAUACUAUCCAAAAUGUCUGCUUUGCAUCGUAGCCUUAACUCCAUACAAAAAUUAAAAAGAAAAAAACUCUAAAAUGAGUAAAAUAACACCUUUCUCUUGAUGCAUUCUUCCUCUAAGGUCAAGUGAGUGAUAAACAAGACAAAAGCUGUUAACAAAGAAGGCAAGGCAGGGGGAUUUUAAAGAAAAAAAAAAAAGGAAAGGAAAGGAAAGGAAAGGAAAAAACUUGCAAUGCUUGCAGGGGUGAAGAGCAGCAUCAGACUCUGGCUUGCAGGGUUUCUUUAGCAGCAGAAAUAUUGUGGCUAUACUACUGUUCCACUGGGAGAGCUGGCUUGGUUUUGGGUGGACAAUAAACCCUGGAAAAAGGAAAACAAGGAGAUUUGCAUUUGGGAGGGAACAAAAAAAUCGGUUGUCAUAAAGUGCAGAAAAAAAAAAAGAAAAGUCAAGCCACAAAAACAACUCUGGUGCAAAGUGAGUGAUUUGUCUAGCGUGUCUUUUAACGCCAGCACAUGGCUGACCUCAACUGUUUUUUAUUUUGUAUUGAUUAUUCUAAUUCUGGACUGCAGGGGGCUUGCUAAGUGUGGCCAUUUUGGGCCACAGCUGGCUUUUCAUUGGCUCUCCAGUGUUUCCCGCAGAACUGCAAUGUAUUUGUGGUGGUGGGUCACUAAAUUACAGAACCUAAUUUGCAUAUUUGGCCAUGACGCAGGUGCGUGUAAUUGUAAUGGAUGAUGUAGGAGAGAGGAAUAACAUUGUGGCCUAAAUAUAGCGACAAAGUUGCUAAGGCGGCAUACUGCUACAUAUUGUUAUUCUCUGGCAGACCAGGUGCAUAUGAGCUGUGUUAAGAUGCAGACUUGCGAUGCAUACGUCACCUACUGUACGAAGCUGUAACGCCAAGCUACAUUCACAGUCCCAUUAUAAUGUGUUGAUGAGCAAGAGCGAACAGAUACUGUAGCUCCAAAUGCAUUUGUGACAGCCCGCCACAAAUAAAACACUGCCUUUGGCAUAUUGUAAAAAUAAAAUACAUUAAUUAUUGAACUACUUUAUUAGUUAUUACAAUUUUGCUGUGUCACCUAUAACAAAGCUAAGAUGUGGAUGUUCUCAGGUAGUUUAGCAUUGACCUACAUCAAAUUGGAAAAGUUUGGACACCCCUGCUUUGAGAUCAGCUGAGAAUUAAUUUACAAAAGGAUUCCUUUCUGAAAGAAAGCGAAUGAAAGAUGUUGCAGAAAUCCAGAAAACAACUGAAAGCAAAUAGUGGAACAUCCCGAGUUAAGCCCUAUUUAAAAAAAAAAAUUGAGGGGAAAAACUGCUUUGAAAUGUACACAAAAAAACAAAUCUUCAGCUCAAUGAUGGCAAAAUGUGAUAACCAUAAACGCAUGAAUGGAACUUUCUGCAAAACAAAGCAAAGCAGUUUCGCGCGCCUGUCCUGGCCACUCAGUACUACGUGGUAAAUGUACACAAGAUGGUAUGGUACGCGCUGUCCACACUGCUCAGCACAGUCUAGCCAGGCCACAAUAAACUGAUAAGCCUAAUAAUAAAACGAUACGCCGCAAAGUGACUUCCACAUUAAAAAUAAGCACAAGUUUUGCUGGUUAACUUACUUAACACUAUGUAUUGCUGCAACAAUGAAUAGAUGAUUAAUCAAUUAUCCAAUCAACAACUUUUUUGGUAUUGGAUUAACGUUUUUUUCCCCCAAAUGUACAUAUCCUCCGAUUUCAGCCUCUGAAAUGUGAGAGGAAUAUUUUCCAAUUUCCUGAGGCACACACUUUGGAAAAACAGUGAUCAACAUUUUUGCCUCUUGGUCCGUCUAUGGCCUAACCGAUUAUUCCAUUAAUCAAAACAACAAGCGUCACCUUAAAUUGACUCAGAAAAUAAUCUUUAGUUGCAGCAACUGUGUGACAGCUAUAAAAAUGUUAAGAUGUUACUUCUGUUAUGAUGGCACCUGUUUGAUUCGGGAACAGAUUCAUUCUAUUAUUAAUCCAUAUGAAAAAAAUGGCCUGGAACCUUUAACAAAUGAAUUGUCACAGAACGUAUUCAACUGUGGAGGUUCCACUACGUCUUCUGUGUCACAGCCAAAAUGCACAUAAUAGUUUGGGGAUUAAACCAAGAAAGAAAAUGAAUGAAUAAAACUCGCUCUUUUCUGGCUAUGGUGGGAAUCUGAUCAAAUGCCACGCACAUAAAAAAUAAAAAGGCACCAAUUUGGCUUAACACCAUAUUGCACUUCUUAUAGAUGCUUCACAGAAAUACCAGAGUUGAAUAUUUUUGAAAAUGGUUCCAAUUCCACACUUGCAACAUGUUAAAAUAGUGCAUGGAAAUCACAAUUCUAGUAUCAAAAUAUUCUGAAUGAAUAAAUGUCAUUUUGUUUGCAAUAAUAUUUUUAAAUGCUUUUCAUAUGUCCAGAUUGUCAUUAAGAUUCAUGUGUUGUGCACUGACAAAUUUGAGGGGAAAAAAAAAAAUCCUUUAUCAUGUUCAUUCUUGGCUUUUGUGUAUUUCUGUGAACAGAUCAACUGAUGGACGUAUAAAUGGCCACUAAAUAAACCUCUGAGCGUCUGUUGUUGCAGAGGAGAUACAGUUUCAUUUGCAAAGCAGCAGAGAUGUGAGGCAUGACUUGUUUACUAUAAUGCACGGUGACGUGACUGAUGGGUGAGUGCGCUAUAAAUUAUAAGAUCUUCCUCCACAUAAA